CAAUUGAUGCCAUCUUCAAUUCUUGAGGCUUAAUAUAUCUUGGCAGUGAGAACUAAACAUGUCUGCUAUGUCUAUGUAAGGAUAUCCAGCGACAAAACAACUGCUAAAGAUUCUUUAUAAAAAUGCUUUAUUCAAAAUACUUAUUAUGCACAAAUGCUCUCUUCUCUCUAAACAGACAAACUAUAAGAACAAGAAAUAGAAGAAAAAAAUUCUCUGUAAAAUAUGUCUACUUAUGGCUGAGCACCCUGUCUAUGCAGCUAAGACAGGCUAACAUGAUAUUAUUUUUAGAUAUUUAAUAAUUUUUUAGAAUCCAAUUAACAAACUGCUGACAUUAACUAUAUUAUGCUGUUAUAAGGAAUUCCAGAUAAUUCCUUUAAUCACAAUUGAAGUAUGUUGCUUUUACCAUGGUUUGCAUUAAUAUGGAGUUGGUCCAUGUUUUCAAAAGUUUCAUUAAAAGGUUGUACUGAUCUUACUCCUUUGGGAAUGUCUAAUGGUUUCAUUAAAUCAAGUCAACUUUUAGCUUCAUCCCAUUAUAAUAACAAAAAAGUUAAGUCACAAGGAAGGCUUUAUGUGCAAUCAGCUUGGUGUUCACAAGACGGUGAUGAUUUUAAAAACGAAUGGUUCCAAGUCAACUUGACAAAAGUGACAGUAAUAAAUGGCAUUGCAAUUCAAGGUGAUCCAGCAAGCAGGUUUGAUUACAUCCAAAAGUUCAUCUUAAAAUCAUCAAAUGACACUAAAACAUGGCAUCCCUUUGGAAAUGAAUUUGUUGGUAAUAAUAACAAUAACGAUAUAUCAUACAUCUGGUUUCAUCAAUCAAUGAUUGCUACAUAUGUUCGCAUUUAUGCAACAGAUAUAUAUAGAAAUUGGUACGAUUAUUCAUGUUUGCGAUUAGAGCUAUAUGGAUGUCUGGACAAUCAGGAGCAAUAUCAACCUCUUGGAAUGCAACUUAAAAUUAUAUCAGAUGCACAACUUUCUUCUCAAGGAGAAGGUACUCGAUAUGCAAGACUGUAUAAUAGAAAAAUGGGUGUGUAUAGAUAUGAAACUGGUGGUUUAUAUCUUAAGAUUGACUUUAAACAAGAUAUAACUUUGACAGCUGUUGCAAUGCAGGGUCAUUCAAAUCAAGAUUAUGGAAAUAAUGGUAUUGUACAAACGUACAAUAUAUAUGCAUCAAAUGACUCUAUGAAAUUCAAUAUACUUAAUCAGACAUUUAAAGGUAAUGACGUGUAUGGAACGGAUCCUGUACUUGCUAUUCUUUCACACCCUAUAACUGCAAGAGUUUUCAAGAUCGAGAGAAAAACAUUUUUAACACGUGGAUGCUGUUACUACAUGAAAGUAGAGCUGUAUGGAAAAAGAGCAGUUUGUGGUAACACACUACACAAGUUUACUGCCUUUCCAAAUUCGUCUCGAAAUCCAUUACACACUCCAGCAGAUGCCUACAUUAAUAGUCCGAUCACAUGGUGCACAAAUUCUUGGGACAACAAAUAUAUUCAUGUCAAAUUUAAGAACCCUGUGAUAGUUGGUGGCAUUGUGUUGCAGGGAGAUUCUAGAGCUAACAACUGGGUUACAAAGUUUAAAGUUACAACAAGUUUUAGUAAGAGUAAGCAAGUCUAUUAUGAGAACCUAAAAGGAAACAUUGAUAGAAUUUUUCCUCUUGCUGUUCAUUGGUUUUCUAAGAUGUCUCUUGCUUCAGACCUGUGGAUUAAUCCUUUAGAUCAAAAGAAUAAAUGUUGUUUAAGAUUUGCUAUUAAAGGCUGUACUAAAGUUAUGUCUAAACCACAUUCACUGAACAUAUCACAAGAUGAUAGACAACUAUUAAUAUCCUGGCAAUCUCCCGAAUACUCACCACUUGCUAUAACAAAAUACUUGGUUUCUAUAUCUGUAACAAAGCCAUAUAACAAAACGUUUCAAUAUUACGAAAUGAAUGAAGUAGACCCAUCCAUCAAAAGCACAGACAUUCUGUUACUAUUUGGUGGAGCCAUGGUGAAGACAACAGUCAAAGCUCAUAUUGGCGAAUAUUUUCAGAAGGUGGAGACUACGUUUAAUUUUUUCUGUCAAGAUCCUCCUGCACCAGUGAUUACUAUUGACAAUUGGUUUGAUGGAUUUUCUGAUUGCAAAAAUAUUUCUAUAUUUCCUGUAGGUGAUAUUAAUGGUCCGAUUAGUAUUUAUCAAGUUAUAAUAUCAACAAAGAAGCUAGCAGAAGAUAGCUUUAAAACAUUAGCACUAUAUGAUCAGAAAGAAUCUUUAAGGAAGAAAAUGCCUUAUUUCCUCGCUGCAACUUUUCCCGCCUCGCACAUCACUGCCAAUUCGCAUAGGAUUGUGAUAAUCAAGGAGGGAGAGGAAGAAAUCAAUAGCAUAAAUGCUAGCUUGUUAACAAUUGGCACGUACCAUUUAUACACCAGAGCUGUUAUUUUGGCAAAGGAUAUCUCACCUCAUUUUGGUACUUCUACAUAUUUUGGAAAGUCUCAACAUGUAGUGAUAGAGCGAAAAAGUUUAAAAAAUCCAAGUUUUAAACCAAAUGGUUCCUAUGAAAAAAAAAUUAUUGUGGAUUUAGUUGAAGGUCCGCAAGAGACUAUAUCAUAUCAAGUUGUUGUUAUGAAGAUCAAUAAAACAACAGUUGUAAGAAGGUCCACCUCUUCUUACACAGUGUUUAAAUCAUACUUAGAUGCUGGAUAUAACGAACCAUACAUUACUGCUGAAUUUAAUAUGUCUAUGUUUAACAAGCUUAAAACAUUUGAAAUUGGUGAUGAUCUCUAUUAUACUUCUCAAAGUAAUACUCGCAAAAGACGCUCAAUCGAUGAGCCUCAUUACAAAAAUAUACCACUAGUUGCAAAUGAAACGUAUGCUUUUUAUCAAAGAGUAAUUCUCCCAGGGGGUAAUUACUAUACAAGUCCUUGGUCACAAGCGUUCAUUGCAUCAGAUCGCCCAGCUCCAACCAAUGCUCCUAAAGUAGAGAAUCAAUCAAGUAAUACAUCGUUAAUUGUUGGUAUCAUUUGUGGUCUUAUUGUGAUUGCUCUUGUGGUGGUAUUGUUUAUUAUAAUCAGAAGAUGGCGAAGGAAGUCUGAUCAACAAACACCACAAGUAUUGGAUCAUUUGCCUAUGACUUGCUUUGAUGAAGUGGCAGAAAAUGCAUACUCAACUAUCAAAAACAAUGAAUCUGGUCCUAAGAAAGGCAUAGUUGUGGAGUCAGAGUCUUAUUACAAUCUGCCGGCAAAGCCUAAGUUUUCACCAAUACCAGUCGCUGAUUUUUCAUCAUUUUAUUUACAAAAUAAAGAUGAUAAAAAUUCAGAUAUUGUGAAGCAAUUUAAAAGCGUUCCUCUUGGUCAAAUACAUGCAUGUGAAGAAGCAUUGCGUAACAAAGCCAAAAACAGAUAUCAAAAUAUUAUUGCAUAUGAUCAUACAAGAGUGGAGCUUCCACCAAUGAAAAAUGAGAAAUCAAAUUACAUUAAUGCAAAUUUCAUUCAAGGUUACUCUGGAAAAGUUACGUAUAUUGCUGCUCAAGCACCUAAAAAUGAAACGAUAUUUGACUUUUGGAGAAUGAUUCUUGAUCAAAAACCUUCGGCAGUUAUCAUGUUGACCAAUUUAAAGGAGGGUGAUAAACCCAAGUGUGCGCAAUAUUGGCCAGAAAAAAAGAGUGAAAAUUAUCAUGGAAUCAUAGUUGAAGUUACAGAUAAGCAAGAAUUUGCUGACUAUGUUAUUCGUAAAAUGGCAGUGACGCAUUCUGAAGUGCAACACAACUUCUUCCACAUGCACUUUACAUCGUGGCCUGAUCAUGGCUGCCCAGAAUUCCCUACCAUGUUGUUAAAUUUUUGUCACCGUUUUAGAAAUAUUGUUUCAUACGAUGAUCCAUCACAAGUUGUUGUUCAUUGUAGUGCUGGUGUUGGUCGAACUGGAACGUUUAUUGUUAUUGAUGCGAUGAUCAAGUUAAUUAAAGAGCAGCAAGUAGUAGACAUCUACAACUAUUUUGAAAACAUUCGUCAAGAUCGUUAUCAAAUGAUUCAGACUGCUGAUCAAUAUUUGUUUACCUAUCAUGCUAUUUACGAAGUCAUCAGUUGUGGGUAUACAGGAGCUUCUGUAGCAUCUUUUCCAUUGUACUUGAAAGAUUUGCUUACCAAAAAGACUUCUGCUGGAAAAUUUUUAAUGGAGGAAGAAUUUCUCAGAUUAAACAGCGUUACUCCUGUUUUUCCAGAAAGCUAUUAUGCCACUGCUGUGAAAAACAAUAACGCUGAUAAAAACAGAACAAAUAUUUUACCUCGUGAAAGUGCCUUGCUUCAUACUUCAAGGUAUAUCAAUGCUGUUUAUAUCAAUGGAUAUAAAGCAAAAAAUGCCUUGAUAGCUACACAAGCUCCAUUUGAUGACACAGUGCAAGAUUUAUGGCAGAUGGUGUUAGAGUGUAACGUUACCACAAUAGUCAUGCUUCAUGAACUUAAUGAGAAUGGCUCUAUUUACCCGAAGUACUGGCCAGCAGAUAAGGAAUUAAAGUUCAAUAACUUAACAGUAGAACUGGUCACAGAGGUUGAAAUAGGUGAUAUUUCUCAAAGACGUUUUGUUGUACAGGGGAAAAAGUUAAAAGCAACAGUUAAUUUUUUGCAUCUGAGAAAUUGGAAAAAUCAUGAUAUUCCAAACACUAAUGUAAUUAUUACUUUGAUUGGAGAGGUUCUGAAAUCACAACAGGCUUUUGGAAAUGGAAAAAUAUUGGUAAUAUGCAGUGAUGGUGCAAGUCGCAGUGGGACGUUGAUAGCUUGCAUGAACGCAUUAGAUCAACUGAAAGUUGAACAAGAUAUUGAUGUGUUCCAAACUGUACGAAGAAUGAGAUUGGUCAGACCAGAAUUUGUUGAAAAUCUUAGGCAGUAUCAGUUUAUUUACACAGUGCUAAAUCAGUAUUUGGACUCAUUUGCUACAUAUUCCAACUUCAACUGAUAUGUGAUGAUUAUUCAAAUUGUUCUUAAUUUUGAAUUUAUUCGUUUUUAGUGUAUUAUUUUAAUUUCUUAUUUGUCUAAGUGAAUAUCAAAAUUGGAUAAGAGAAAAACUGGAGGUUUUUUUUUAGGGAAAAAUACUGUUUUAAAUAAUAUUUUAAUGGUAACCCAUUGUUUACUUAUCAAGCUUAACAAUGCCUGAUUGCAGGAGUUUAACUAGUAUUUGCAUUCUUGUUUGUUGAUCACAAUAAGUUGGUUGAAUUUUUUUUAGCAGUAUGUUUUGUAGCAUUGAUGUUACCAUAAGGCAGUAAAGCAAACUUCGAUUCCAUCACGUUAGAACAAGAUAAAAUCAUUUUACUUCUAUUUUAUUUUAGUAAUUAUUUUUAAUAUGAACGUUGAUGCUUCAGUAUUCAUUUUUGUGAUGUCUAUUUCCUAUUCUGUAGCCAAUGUUACUAUAUUUUUUACAGAUAAUAAAUUUUUAUGCAACUAUUUUUAUAAAAUUUUAUAAUUUGUUCAUAUUUUAAUUAAUAUAUUGUAAUUUCAUUGGAAAAGAUCUAAUUUUUUUAAAAACCACAAGGAUUGUCUUUAUAUUUGUGUGAAUGCAGUUGAUUUUUAUUGUUUUAUCUAUAUCUAUCUGUAUAUCUGUUAUUUUAUAUCCUUUUAAUGAUUUUUUUCUAGCAUCUAUAAAUCCAGCAUAAUAUUUUGUGCGAAUGGCUACUUUUUUGUUAUUUUUCCUACAAUUUGACAAACUGCAAGGGGUUUACGUGUAGAUCAAGUAAACACCAUUAAAAAUGGACUAAAGACACUUUCUAUUUUACAAUCUGCAUAAUGGCCCAGGAAAAUUUAAAACAGAAAAAUGAGUCGCGUUGACAUAAUCUAAAUAAAUACCGUUAAAGGUUUUGGAUGUAACCCAAAAAAUAAGUUUUAAAUCCUCUAUAAACAUUGACAAGUUAAGAGUGUGUGGCUAAUAUCUUUAAAGUUUAGUCCUCCUGUCUAUAUUAUGUCAGUAAUUGGAGACUACUGGAUUUCAAGAAACAACUUUGUGAUUUUUUUAUAUUGUUUUUAGUAACAAUUUAUUCACUAUACAGGCCUAUCAAUCAGGGGAGAGCAAUUGCUCUUGCUCAUGCAAAGGCUCUCCCAAUUCUGAGAAAUAAGAAACUAACUGAGCCAUUAAUUGCUCCCUCAAUUCCUAAAACGUUUUUCUGGCUGAGCAAUAUCAAUUCAUCUCACAUGGAAAUCAAUGUUAUCUUUCUUAUUAUUUACAGUAAAAAAGAACCAAAAUAGAUAAAUAAAAAUAAAAUAAAAUAGAUUAAAAAGACUUUGUGAAAAUAUGUGUUUAUAAACUUAUUCUAUUUAUUCAGCCCAAUGUAAAUUAUUGUAACCUUGGGGGAGCGAUUUAUUGCUCGGGUGUUAUUUUCUUAUUGAUAAGCCUGACUAUCAUUAAGCAGUUUACUACUUUCUAUAAUAUUUACUGUUUAUAGUUCAAUAUUUUGCUGUUUGUCAAAAUUUGUAAUUACUUUGAUAAAUUUUACUUUAUUAAAAUAAUAAAUACAUAAAUAAA